AUGUCUCCCCUCAACAGUACAACCCCAACCGCCAACGCCACCACCAACACCACCUACACCAACACCAACACCAACGCCGUGCGCAUCGUGGAAGUCGGUCCUCGCGAUGGUCUACAAAACUUUCCGCGCACCGUGCCCACGGCGGUCAAGAUCGAAUUGAUCCGACGGCUCUAUGCGGCGAAUGUGCGCACCAUCGAACUCACCUCGGUCGUGUCCCCGAAAGCAAUCCCCCAAUUGGCGGAUUGUCGACAAGUGCUGGCCGAUCCCAAGGUUGGCAGGUUCUUGGAAGACCGCUCGCUGCGACUUCCCGUGCUGGUGCCGAACCUCCGAGGGCUCAACAUCGCCGUCGAACACAGGGUCAAGGAAGUGGCCGUCUUUGUCAGCGCGAGCGAAGGCUUCAGCAGAGCCAACACGAACUGCACCGUCGAGGAAGGCCUGCAGCGAGCUGAAGCGGUGGCCCGCCAGGCUCUGACCCAGGGGCUUCAGGUACGAGGAUACGUUUCGUCCAUUUUCGCCUGUCCGUACGACGGGCCCACGCCGCCAGACGCCGUGCUGCACUGCGUCAAACGCCUCCUCGACGCCGGCUGCUAUGAGGUCAGCCUUGGCGAUACUCUGGGAGUGGGAGUCGCAGCCAAGACUAGAGCCCUCGUCAGAUAUCUGCUCGCAGCAGGUAUCCCGGCGAGCUCGCUGGCGGGACACUUCCACGACACCUACGGCCAGGCAGUGGCCAAUGUGUGGGCCGCGUACGAGUGCGGACUGAGGGUCUUUGACAGCAGCAUCGCCGGCCUGGGCGGAUGCCCCUACGCCCCAGGGGCAAAGGGCAACGUGGCCACCGAAGAUCUCGUGUACCUGUUCCAUCAGGCCGGAGUCACAACAGGGGUGAACUUGGACGCGCUGGUCGAGACGGGUGUCUGGGUGUCGAACACCCUGUCGAGAGAGAACGAGAGCCGGGCUGGGAAGGCUCUGGCAGUGAAGGCGGGACUCAAAGCACAGACACCCACCUUGCAAAAAGGCACAGGCACAGGCACAAGCAAAGCCUCGCAUGCUCUGACUUGGGAGAAGGUCGGGCCGAACGAGGCAAACGACGAACUCUUGGUGCAGAAGUCCGGGGUCAAUGUCAAGAUCACACUCAAUCGUCCGAAGAAUGGCAAUGCCUUGACCACCACCAUGAUUGAAAGGUUGACCAAGUUCUUUGAGGACGCAGCCACCAGCCACCCCUCCGUUUCACGCAUUAUCAUAGCUGCCAAUGGCAGAUUCUUUUGUACCGGCAUGGACCUCAGCGCAAAUGGCACACGGGUCUCCAAAGGCGGCUCGUCAACCGAGAUCCAGUACCAGAUCCUGACACGGCUGUUCGACGCCAUCGCCCGGGCCCCUCAGGUGACGAUUGCCUGUGUACAAGGCCCGGCGUUCGGCGGCGGCGUGGGUCUUGCGUUCGCCUGCGACGUGCGGAUUGCGGUGCGGUCGGCAUGGGUCAAGUUGAGUGAAGUACGUCUGGGCCUGUGUCCAGCCACCAUCUCGAAAUAUGUCAUCCGGGAAUGGGGGUUCGCUUUCGCCCGUGAGGCCAUGCUGUCGGGCCGUCAGGUCGCAGCAGGAGAACUCGCGCAGCUCGGGGUGGUCGCCAAGCUGGCUGACGAUCUGGCCGGCCUUUCCAAGGUCCUCGACCAGUAUCUGACCGAGCUGAGGGGAUCUGCCCCCAAGGCCAGCACCAUGUGUAAGGACCUGGUGCAGCUGGCUUGGGUCCAUGCUGGAGAAGCGGUGCAGUUGGAAGGGAUUAAGAAGAACUUCGACCAGAUGAUGAGCCCGGACGCCGAGGCCGCAUUUGGAGUGAGCCAGUUGCAGAAGGGAGUGAAGACUGUGGACUGGGAUGCGAGAUUAACAGGCACAGCUGCGAAGGCGAAACUGUAG